AUGUCAUCAUCAUUUGAAAAACACGAUGAAAAGAGUGAAAAUGUCACUAACUCAACAUCCGGCAUCGUAUCUGACAAUACUAUGGAAACUACCCAAAUCGAACAAAUAAAUAUUGAUGGCGUAGUUAAUGCUAAUAUGUUACACGCACAUCUAGCAAUGCUAGCACAAUUUAAUAAUCUAGAACAACAAGAUAGUGAAAUUGAUCAACGAUUUUUGUUACGUUCUGAAAAACGUUAUUUAUUGUGGUUAGGGUUAUUGAAUAACGGGUCUUUUAAAGAUGCUGAAGAAGUUCCCAUUCCGUCAAUCGACGUAUGUCUAAUUUGGCACGCGCAUUUACUUUCACCAUUUCGAUAUUAUGAAGAUAUGCGACGUUUGCAUGAUCCAUUAUCGAAAGAAUAUAAUUUUCCGUUGGCUAAAUUACAUGAAACUUGGAGUCAAACUAAGGGAGAUCAUAUCGAUGAGCGAUCAAAACAAUUUUGGGAAGAGAAUACUAAACAACCAUGGGUUCUUGAUCCAAAUGAUACUUCGAAUUUUGAAUUAGUCUGCCCAUGGUGUUCUACAACAUUAAUGAUGGCCGCUUCUGAGGAUUGUAAUUGGGCAAAGGUUGCCGAAUUCAUAAAACUUAGAGUCAAAGAAUUAAAGUCUCAACGUUUAUUUAUAAAUGUGCGUAAAGGGACUAUUCGAAAUGUUAUCAACUCUUAUUCAGGCAUUAUAUCGCCAUUUUCAAUAGAACUUGUGAGUGCUGUGAUACGUCAGCGUGAAUUUACUCAUAAAAUGGUUGAUAAUGCCUGGAUAAAUAAUCAAACGGUUCAGGCUCAAGCAACAAUUCGAUACCAUAAGUUUCUACUUUUGCAAAAAGAUACUGGUAAACUCUUGGUUCCAACCUUGGAUAUCGAUCUAUGCUGGCAUACUCAUAUGCUUUUUGCAUCAUUAUACCGUAAUUUCACCAAGAACCAUAUGAAUCGAAUUAUUAACCACGAUGAUACAUUGACAAAAUCGACACUUUCUAAUGGAUUUGCUGAAACCUCUAGUGCUUG